AUAGAAGAACGCUGGAUUACGAUCGGAACGGCCGUUACACCGGUAGAUUGUUACGUGGAACUAUUGCUCCAACAAAUGCUAACAAACGAGGAAAGCAGGUGUACGAUCAGCCGUAGACAAGGCAACGAUAUCACUUUCACGAUGAAGCUGAUCCGCAUCGAAGGACAGAAGUAUUACUACGAACUUACCGUCGCGGAAAGUCUCGCCCUAGCCAUGCAGUACAAAGAAAAUGGAGUGAAAAUGUUCUCCAAAUAUCCACUAUUUGCUCACACCUACUUUAACCAGGCGGCCAAAUGUUUGCUCUCCUGGUCACCGAUCGAUCAGCUCGAUCCGGCCCUUGAGGGUGUCGAAACGGUGAAGGAAAUGCAAUCGCUGCUUGAAACGCUUUAUCUUAACAUUGCCGCCUGCCUUAUCAAACAGAACCGCUUCGAGGAGGUACUGCACGUGCUGCGAUACACGGACGGGCAGGAAGCGCCCUCCGCAAAGGCAACGUACCGGAAAGCGUUGGCUCAGUUUAAGAUCAAACAGUUCACCGAAGCACUUACCACGCUGCAGCGGAUCGAUUAUGGUAGCAGCAAGGAAUGCACCGCAUUGCACCGGCAGAUCAUCCAAGCGCGCCACCAAGAGGAUAGCAAGUACAAUUCCAUGGUCAAGAAAAUGUUUGCAUAG